UAGUUGCAGAGAAAUAGCAACGGUAGACCGGACGAACAGAAUCCAAAAAACCAAAUCCAAAUGGAGAAGAUAAAUGCCCUAAUAUCUCCUCAUUCCAGAAUCCUCCCUACUCUGAUUUCUUACUCUUCUUUCCCAAUCUCUCUUUCGCUCCCGAAUCCCAACAAAGAUGUUCAAAAAUCGUAUUCCAGAAGAUCUCUCACUCCAUCUCUCCUCACUCCAAGACCAACAAGGAGCAGAAGAACAAGCUCUACCCAUUUCAGACGACUCUCUUGUACAAGGGCGGCAUCUGCUGUCGAGCACGAACCAUCUCUUGUGGUGAAGAAUAAGGCAGCAGAAGUCUCCAAUGAACUGAAAGGAACUUCUAUAUUUCUUGUAGGAAUGAAUGGCACAACGAAAACCAAAGUGGGGAAACUUUUAGCAGAUGUAUUAAGAUAUUACUACUUUGACAGUGAUAGUUUGAUCGAGCAAGUUGCAGGUGGUGAGUCUGCUGCUAAAUCUUUUCGAGAGAAAGAUGAAGGGGGGUUCCGCGACUCCGAGACUGAAGUUCUAAAGCAGUUAUCAUCAAUGGGUCGACUGGUGGUCUGUGCUGGAGAUGGUGCUGUCCAAAGCUCAACUAAUCUGGCUCUUUUGAGAUAUGGAAUUUCAAUUUGGAUUGACAUUCCCCUAGAUAUGCUAGCCAAAGAGGCUAUUGAAAGCGUAGGCCAAUGUUCUCAAACAUGGGGCAUAUCAGGUUCAGACACUUUUUCAGAGGCUGUAAUUCAGGCGCUGGCUAAGCUAACUGAGGUGUACGAAGAAAUGAGAGGAGGAUAUGCUACAGCAGACGCAACAGUCUCACUACAAAAAGUAGCUUCUCAGUUGGAAUAUGAUGAUGUGGAAGCCGUGACUGCAGAGGACAUUGCUGUGGAGGCUCUGAAGGAGAUAGAGAAGCUGACAAGAGUGAAGAAGAUGAUGGAAGAAGCUGCUCGACCCUUUUAACAAAACCGCCAAUUGUACAUUUCAAACUAGAGACCGAAUCAAAGCUUUUGAAGAGUCAUGCUGCUUUCACUACUGUUCAACAGUUCCAGAGCUUACCAAAUCUUUUCAGUUUCCAAUCUCAAACAGCUUCAAUACAGGUCAGAAUAGUGGCGGUUUUUGUCCAAUUACUGAGCGGGUUAUGCCGUAUUAUGUUGUACUAGUGAUCCUUCUCUUGAAUAAAAUAUCUGCAUUUUCGGCA